UUUCAAACGGAAGUUUAUGCUGAGGGCUGGAAGACGACGUGUUGUUUUGUAAAUAGAUGUAUAAAAUUGAAGGCUGGAUGACUUGAUGAAGAAAAAUGUAGGUCAUUUCACAGACAAAUAAAGACAGAUAGUGUCUAUAUUCAAAAUGAUAAAAAAGAUACCAGUACUACAAGAUGAAGAAUUUGAUAUUAGUUUGGUGUCUAUUACAUACAGUAAAAUCAACCCUUGUAGAUCCUAAAGGAUAUAUCAUGUAUUGUCCCUGUAUGGGAAGAUUUGGAAAUCAGGCAGACCAGUUUCUUGGUGCCUUAGCUUUUGCCAAAUCAUUGGACAGAACAUUAAUACUACCACCAUGGGUUGAAUACCACUGGCCAAAUCCUAAAUCAGUCCAAGUGCCAUUUGACAAAUACUUUAAAGUUCAUCCUCUGGCAGAGUUCCAUAAGGUGAUGACGAUGGAAUUAUUUAUGGAACACUUAGCACCAACAGUCUGGCCUCCAGGAGAAAGAAUAGUGUUUUGUUAUUCUGCUAGAACCCAUUAUGUUGAUAAAAAAACAUCAGAUGAGCCAAGCUGUGCAGCAAAGGAUGGAAACCCAUUUGGCCCAUUCUGGGAUACGUUUGAAGUGGAAUUUGAUAAAAAUGUGUUUUAUGGACCUCUUACUUAUGAUUCAUACAAUCCUCAUGAAAUUCAGAGAUGGCUGAAAAGGUACCCAGCAGACAAGUACCCAGUCCUAGCAUUUACUGGUGCCCCAGGUGCAUUCCCUGUUUCUGAGAGCAAUGUUCGUCUUCAUAAACACCUACAGUGGUCUGAUGGUAUUGACAAAAAAGCAGAAAGAUUUAUAAAAAAGAAUCUGCCUGAUGGACCAUUUGUCUCUAUACAUUUAAGACUUGGCUCAGAUUUUCAAAAUGCUUGUGACCAUUUAUCGAGCUCACCAAUGAUGUUUGCAGCUCCCCAGUGUUUUGGGUACAGACAAGAACAUGGAAAACCAGAUAAAGAGAUGUGUUAUCCCUCAGAUGAUGCAAUUGUUAAACAAGUAAAGAAAGCUGUCAAAAAAGUGGGAGCUAAAUCUGUCUUUAUUGGAACAGAUAGUAGAGACUUAAUAGAUAAAAUGUCUAAAGUCAUCAAAGAUGUGAAGUUUGUGAAGUCAAAGAAAGACAAUCCACAUCUAGAUCUAGCUUUAAUGGCUCGAGGUGACAUCUUUAUAGGAAAUUGUUUCUCAACAUUUACAGCUUUUGUUAAAAGAGAAAGAGACGUUAUAAAAUUGCCAUCAGAGUUUUGGGCAUUUAAACAGAAAACUAUUCAUGAUGAAUUGUAGUAAAAAUAGAUCAGGGAAAAAAAUAAAAAUAAGGUCACACCAUUUUAGUUUUCACUUCUUUGGAUUUUAAAAGGUUGGAGACAUGCUAUAUUUUUCAUUUUUUCUAUCAAUCACUUAAGGAAUUUUAAAUCAGCAAGCACUUUUGUUAAGAAUUGAACAAAAUUUAAAAAUAGAAAAUUAGAUUUUAGACAGGAGAAAUUUUUAAAGAGAUUGAAUCUUAAGAACUAGAAUUAAGCUGGUGUGACCUAAUUAUAGUUAGUGCAAUAUAAUUAAUACAGGAUAGUUGCAUUAGUACUGAGAAAAAUUGUCCCCGCCAUACAUGGAAAUGUUUCUGUAAUUUUGUAUGAUUUAUUACCUUCAGUAUGUGUGCAAUUAUCCUAAUUUAAAAUAGAACCAAAUAUUUAUUUCCUCUCAAAACUUGUGAAAUAGUUUUUAUUCCAAAUUUAACAGCUACAUAGAUGGGCCACCUUACAGAUUGUAUGAUGUUUUCUAAGCAACUAUAGAUUGUGUAUAGGUAACUUUUAUACUUUCUGAGAUGAUCUUGCAUUUAAAAGUACAAAUGUAUAAAAUGUAUAGAAUGCACAUAAAUAUUGUAAAAAAUGAGUAAUUUGACUUUUCAUAUAUUUUGGUCUUACAAAUUUUCUUCAAACAUCAUAUGUUAUUGUCACUUAAUUUUCCAUUUUAUUGAUAUAAAAAAGGUCACUAAAUUAGUUCAUACUUUAUAAAUCAUUAUGUAAAUAAUGAUGCACAAUGCAGUCACAAAUACUAUUGCCUUUGUCUGUGCUUUGUUCAUGUAGAAGAUACAAUUAUCUAUAUUCAAAAAGAUAAAUUUGGUGACAAAAAAAAGUUCAUAUCAAUAACAUUUCAUUGAUAAAGAGUUUCGCAGUGUUUUCAGGAAUAAUAAUUUAAAGUAAAAAUUGCUUAACUUUACGUUAUUUUUGUUUGUUAUUCUGUUUUUUGGGAAACUUAAUUUGCUAUAUCUCGGAAAGUUUAAAAGUUUAAUUGAUAUAUAAUGUAUUUCUAUAUUCAUUUGCAGUUCCACACGCUCUAGAUUCUUGCAAAAUUUCUUAAAUAUCUGUGAGAUUGCCUAUUGAUGUAGUUAUAACCUUAAAGACAAACAGAUUAUUUGAGAUAUAUUUCACUUUGUUGUUUUAUUGAUACAAUAACUGUUGAUUGAAAGAAAUGAAAUUUGAAUUGUUUCAUACAUGCUUGUUUGGUCAGCAGCUGGAAAUCUACCUUCAGAUCUAGAAGUACAUAUGUAAUGAGCUUUGGUUUGAAUAAUGGACUUUCAUUCUUUUAAUAAAUGGUAUAAGGGAUAAAUGUAUUCUUUGUUUCCUAGAUAAGAAAUAUUUCCACUUUUUGGAUACAAUUGGACUUUUUGUUAAAGGAAUAUGGACUAUUUUUUGUUAUUUUCUAUUUUCAAGGUUUUUUUUAUGAAAGGCUUAGGGAUAUGGGAUACCCUGAACAUGGUUCAAUUAUAAUUUUAUACAAAGUAGGAUAUUUUAGAAUGGAUUGAAAUAUUUUUUGAUAUGUUUGCAAAAGAAUGUAUCUAAAAACAUCAGUAACAGUAUAAAACAUGUGAUUUUGAAUUUUGAAUUAUUAUGAAUUAUUAAUAUGAUGUAUGUAGUAUGAGACUCAAUAUACCACUGGCAUUUUUAUGAGGUAAAUUUUCAUUUUCACUCAGGAAAUGUAAAAGCAUUGGCAUAUGGUCAUCCUAAUAGAACUUUUAUUGAUGUCAAGAGAUAUGAAUACUCUGUUUUGUCAUGUGAUAUGUAGAUACGUCAUGUGAAAUGUAUGUGUCAUUCGAUAUGUAAAUAUGUCAUGUGAUAUAUAGAUUAUAAAAUUUUAUAUUGAUAUUUUUUUGAUAUUGUUGGUGACUGUUAAAUUCUUUUCAUUAAAUCUGCAUGACUUCUCCUAAAUUUCUUAAUAAAUAAAAAGAAGCUAAAAAAUUAGAUAUUACAAGUUUCUUAACUAAAAGCUUUUUACGAGUCAUAUUUCUCUAAUUUUCAUGCUAUUUUCACAUGUCUUGAUCGGUGUAAGAAAAAUAUUUCUCAUCUCUAGAGAAAACUUUGUUCUCUGCAAAUGAUUGGUCGAAAUUUCAAUUAUGACAUCAAAUUUUCUUGAUUUCUUCUAAAUUUCCUAUUGUAACGUCAUGAAAAAAGGCAACCAUGCCUGAUGAUGUCACAUAUAAAGAACACAAUUUUCUGCAAAUCUUUUAAGAGGAAGGAUAAAACUUGUUUUGAUAUCGUCUUAAAAUCAUUAGAGAAACAGAUUCCACCACUAUAUCUCGUGUAUUAUGAUAUUUCUCUACUCUCAACAGUUAAAUUUCAAAUAUUUAAAAAGCUCAACAAGCCUCACUUUUUAAAUUUUAAAACUUAACUGUCUCGAGUGGAGAAAUAUUGUAUCACACUUGAUGCAGUGUUAGAAUCUAUAUUCUCUUUUGUUUAUAUUAAUCAACUGAAAUGGUUCAUUUAGUAAGAAUUAUAUUACAGCAUUUCUCUGUUUGAAAAAUUGUUGACAGGCAAAUUUUGCUUGGAUAAAUCCAUGUAAAACUUUGAUGGAAUUAAAACUGAUUUGCUGUAAGAAAUGGGAGAUAACUCUUGUUCAACCUCUCACUGUGAUUACCUUAAAAUUUUUAAAUAUUCAAAUGUAAAAUAAACUGAUAGUUUCUUAGUAAUUAUUAAUGGGUUUUAUAAGAUUUAUAAGAUAGCAUUUAUAGUAUUGUAUAUGCCAUAUUUUUGAAAACAUGUGUCUUUUAAUGAAUUUUAGAUUGUUGUUGUUACUUAUAAUUAAUUAACAUUCAAUGUUGUAACAGUCAAUAAAAUAAAAGUGGAAAAGUAUUAAAGUGGUGUAUACUCUUCUACAUGGCAUGAAAUUUUUUUUCUUAUUUCAUAUGCUGUUUAAAUUUUUUUUAAAACCUUAAAGUGUUGUAUAUUUUGGUAACAUUUUGUACUUUUGACCAAACUCGAAACAAAUACAACUUAGAUAUGCUGUACUGUGUAUCAUGCAAAUCAGAUUACUUUUUUCAAAAGAAGGGAAAAUUGCUAUAUAUUUGCUUGAAUUAUUGUAUAAAGAGAACUUUUUGUAUUUGUGUGUUUUUAACAUGAUCCAAAAUGAAAGAUGGGCCAAACAUAUAGAAAAGAAUUGGCCAAAAAAAUAAAUAAGAAAAGUGAACAGCGAGGUGCUCAAAUAUAUAGAUAAGAGAAUAGUGAUCAAAAUAAAUAAAGAUUGAAAUUAAAUGGCCUGAAAAAUUAAUGUAUGCAAUAUUAUUUAUAGAAUAGCAGAAUUACAAAAGGGAAAACUUAUUUUUGUUAAACUUACAUAUUCAUAUUCAUAUAAGAUACGAAGUUCAAAUUGGGACCAAAUUGUGCUCUAUUUUCUUUGAUUGUACUUUGUUAAUUUUUCUGUUUAUUAAUAGAAUUUUGUAUGUAUUUUGAUGUUUUAAACUUAAAAGGUAAAUGGUGCUUUAUGCCUUGUUAUUUUUUUAUUGUUCAUUUUUAUUUACAUUAAUGUCUUCAUAUAUCUGGUAUAUAUUGUAUUUGUUACAUGUAUCUGUCCAAUCAUCAAAUAGGUUUCCCUUGGUUAAAAUCAGAACGAGUGAAAACUAUCAAAUCAUAAAAUUAGAGUUUGAGAUAUUUGUGAAUUUUUAAAAAGUAUUUAGGUGUAAAAAUAUUGACAUAGUUGAUUAAUCUUUACCAGUUUCUUUUGUCAUUUUUAUCAAAUUUAUUCAGCUUUUUCUUCUGGAGUUGCUGCCCUUUGUAACAUAAUUGAAUUGCAGAUAUAUCUAUCACGAGUUCAAAUACUUAUGUUACAGUAUAUAAAAGUCAUUCAGAAAGUAUAUGAUAUUAUAUCCAACUCCUUAUAAGCCUAUAUGUAUUUACAUAUGCGAUAAAGUUUGAAGAUCCGGGUAGCAUGAAAGUUAUAUGAAGUUGAAAAAAUUUGAUCAGACAAUAUCAGUAUGACAAAAGAGUUAUUAACAAAAUUAGAAUCUUUGUCCCUUAUGACAAUUAGCUUUAAAAAUAAAAACAUUAUUGUUCACAUCAAGAAAAUCUCAAAUUAAAUCAGUAAAUGAAAAUAAAAUUUCUUAAUAUGGAUCUCAUAAUAUGUCACCUGUAAGUCCCAUUUUGAAGUUUUUAUGUGAUUGCAACGUCUAUAUUUUGAAAGUCUAGUAAUUUAUAUUACAUAAAUGUUUAAUGCAAAUAUUGUUAAGUACUAUUAUUCUUAUAACAUUCCAUUAAGAGCUGGAAGAUUGUUACAUUUUGCGAAUUUGUCAUUGGCAGCAAGGUUUUAUUUAAUAAAAGAUUUGCCAU